AUGAUUCGUGCCAUUAAUGGAAUUCAACAGGAAGUGUGUGAAAAAGUGAUGGAAAACUUUGUCAAGAGAUGUCGAGCUUGUCAGUAUUCAGCUCAGCAGGAUGAGGAGACGGAAAAGGAGGAAGAAAAGGAGAAGAAGGAGGAGAAAGAGAAGGAGAAAGAAAAGGAGGAGGAGAAGGAGGAGAAGGCGAUAGAGGAGGAGAAGGGGGAAGAAGAGGAGAAGAAAGAGAAGAAGGCGGAGAAGGUGGAGAAGAAAGAGAAGAAGGAAGAAAAUGAGAAGGAGCAGGAGCAGGAGAAGGAAGAGAAAAGGAGGAAGAAGAAGAUAAGGAUGAGGGAAAAGGAGAAAGAAAAGGAGAGGGACGAAGAAGGGGAAAAGGAAGAGGAGGAGGAGUAUACUCAUUUCAAGUAA